UGAGAGCCUGGGUGAUUUUUAAAAAAAUAUAACGUUACAAUAGAGGUCUAUGGGAAAAGUCUUUGUGUAACCUAUCUAACACUAAAGCACUUCCGGGUAUAAGAGUGAUCUCCCUUUCAUUGCUUCUUUAUUAACGCUGGGCGGAAGAGAAUCAUUCUGCAAAUGUUUGUUGUUAACGUCCCACACAGCAAUAUUCCAGCUCUAUGGCGGCGGUAGUCUACAACCUCAGCUGAGUAUGUGCUUGUCCGUUAGGUGAAGACAAUGAUCAUGAGCUGACGUCUAUCGGGUUACCGUGGACUUUGACUGGAACCAUGGCAGGGACAUUAGUGGUGCAGUCGGUCGUCAGUACACAUCCUGAGGACAUCCUGACCUGUGGCAUCUGCCUCCAAGUGUUUAAAGAUCCCAGAAUCCUGCCUUGCCUUCACACGUUCUGUUUCAAGUGCAUAUGCUCUCAUGUGGAAUCGUGUCGGUCCGAGAACAGACCCGUACAAUGCCUACAGUGUCGGGAGCCCUUUCCAGACAAGAUAAGUUGUCUCAACGAGAACGUUUUUAUCAGUGGACUCACACAUCUGGUUGAAUUUAAGGCAGUGAAGAAGGACGAAUGCACACCUUGUGGUCUGAAUAACCGUGUGUCCCGGGCAGAAAGGAGAUGUCUUGACUGUGGCGAUUACCUGUGUUCCGCCUGCUCCAUGGGGCACACGGCCUCCUCUCUAACACUUCACCAUCAGGUAGUACCUCUUGGAGAAAUCCGGCAAGGAAAAUAUGAUGCAAAACUGAGGCAGACCCAGAGGGUUCUCUGCCAGCACCACCAGGACAAAGAUGUGGAAUACCUGUGUGAAUCCUGCUGCCAGCCAGCAUGUAUAUCCUGUGUGGUGACUGAUCACAAGGGUCACACCAUUCAGUCAGUAGCCGAAGCUGUAACGCAACACAAAUCAGAGAUAAAGUGUUUGGUAGAAGCCGUAAGAGAAGAAUUGACAACAAUAAAGGCUCAAGAAAAGGAUAUAUUGUCCCUGAUAAAUGAAGGCAAAGCGAAAGACAAAGCAAAGAAACGUAUAAUUGAAGAAACUGCUCAGCAAGAAAUCGCUGCAAUAAAUGCCAGAAAAAGUGAGUUGUUGAAAAAAGUUAGUGAUGACAGGAAAGUUGCAGGAAAGGAACACGACAGUAAGUUAGAGGAGGUCGUGCGUAAGAAGACUGUGACAAGCAGUUGUGUUGACUUUUGUGAACGCAUCCUAGAGAAGGGCAAGGACUACGAGCUUGUGAUGCUGGAGACAGUGAUCAUGGAGAGGCUGCAAAAUGUACGGAGUUUGCUGCCCGGAAUUAGACCGAACCAAACUGAACGAAAAGAGAACUGUCAAGUUGCGUCUCAAGUUAGUUCCUCACAAAGCAGUAAGCCAUCAGAUUUCCUAUUAACUCUACGCGAGGCUUCCCCAAAGAGCAUGGACAUCACUCUGGCACUGAAGAAUGUCUUCAGUGGGAAGUCCAAACACGACAAGAGUAAACCUGAUAUCAAAGGUAUGACUUACAGUUCUAGUAUCGGACUGAUAAUCUCAGACAAAGCCAACAAGAAGCUAAAAGUCCUCAACACUCAGGGCGACUUACGACGAGAAAUCACAUUCGAGGAUUUUAAUCCGUUUGCUGUUGCUGCUGCUGGUAAAGAGAUCGGGGCUAUCAGUGGUAAUUGUCUCUGGUUGAUAACAGCAUCUGGGUGUCUCAAGAAGAAGAUCCAAAUUGAUAGAAAGAAACCAAAUGAAAACCAGAGCUUCACAUAUUGCCUUGCUGCUGCUCAAAGAAUUGGCUAUGUUGUUGGAAAUAUUCCUGGAGUAAAAGGCCUUUAUCUCUACGAUUUUGAUGGAAAUCUGCAAACAUUUCUCAAAUUUGAGUUACAUUUACCCCUUGCAGCUGUGUCACUCAGUUCUUCAGGGGAUAUCAUCCUCAGCGAAUGGGGCAGAGGAAGUAUCACCAUUCUAUCUGCCAAGGGAACAUUAAAAUGGCGAGUGUCUAGUCCUGGCUGGAAACCGAACGGCAACUGUGUGGUAGAGGGUGGAUAUAUGUUUGUAGCAGACUACCUUUGGGGAGGUCUGUGUGCAUUUACUGAAGGUGGUGAGAGUGUCCUACAGCACAGAACCACAUCUGAUGGCUUAAAGAACCCCAUAUGCCUUGUUAGUGCUGACAAGGGUUUGCUGUGUGUUGCGGGAAAGGAUAGUGUAUGUGUGUAUGACAUCCACAAAAAAUAAGCUGAAGGAAGAUGAAACAGACAUCGGCCUAUACUGACACCUUUCCUCCUUGUCCAUCAAGUUUAUUUUAAGCUGAUGUUAUGCAAUAAGGUAUGAAAAAAUAUGUGAAUUUAAAUAUAGGCAAAUGAACGUUGAAAUGUAUUAUUGUUUGCAUUUUGAAGAAAGGACUUUCAGCCGUCAGCCAAAGAAACAUGCAUUUAUAGGCAGACACUUAAGCAAUGGCUACAACCUGCAUAAAAUCAUCAUGGAUAUGCUGCAGCUGACUUUGAGAGUAAUUUUAAUGUUCAUCGUAAGACAAUCUAUGAAACAUGUGUUCUAUUGGGUGUUACUCUGUGAGAGUAGGUUCAAAUAGAACUCAACCCACCCAGUGCCGAUGUCCAGCGAAACUCAAUUUUGCUUCCAUGUCACCGUUUGGCACGCCCAGCUUUGUGUACGACAGCAUCCAAGCUUCAGAAGACACGUCUGGGGCAGGAAACAGACGAUUAGUUGUUUUCUGGACAGCUUAAGUUACUCAGACUCAUCAGUUUGGGAGUGUAAUGGUAUGGGGUGGCAUCGCAACUCAUGGUAGGACACAACUCAUCAUCAUUAAUUUCCGUUUCAAUCGCAUAAGCUAGCGAGACAUCAUUUGAGGUCAUAUUGUACCCAUGUGUUAAAGCAUGAAUGUAACUUUGCAGCAUCAGUUGAACACCUUUUAGGCAGCACAACAUUGCGCGCGCACACACACACACACACACACACACACGUUCUUUCUCCAAACGUCUCCCUCCAAGAAUACAACUUGGAUAAGAUUGAUAUACCUGCUCUACAACCAGAACAAGCAACGGACGCUGGUUAGUUCGGCCAGUCAUUGGUUGACAUUCGGAACAUCCCCCAGACUCUUUCCAACCGCUGCAGCCAUGUCCAUAUGGAAAAAAGGUGGCCACACACGAUAUUGACAGUGUCAGACCUCCCUUCUUUUUCAAAGUGUGAUAUUCUGUCUCCUGUUAUAGGUGUUGCCAAUGAAUUUAUUAUCAAGUUAAACUGAACAGUUGGUGCAUCCUAUCGCAGCCAGGUAAAAAGGUUUACUCCAGGACUUCCUGUGGCAUCAGAAAUGUAACAAAAAUGUGACAACCAUGAUACAAUAUCCCAGUUGCUGCUGAUAAUCUGUGACUUCCUUAUAUGGGAAAAGCUGACAAGAGGACCACUAACCCUUUAUUGGUCGUAAUAGAACUAGUAUUCCUUCCUUCUGACUGGUAUUGGUCAGCCUCUGAGCCUUAUCUUGCCUUGUGGAAUUGACCCUCUUGAUUUGUUUGAGUGGCAUUCUAGAAGUUGGUGGUAUAGAGAUGACAAGACUUUAUGGAUGAUCAACUGUCAAAAUAAAGAAUUUGAUCAUCCAUAAAGUCUUGUCAUCUCUGAAUUGACACUCCUUCCACCUGGCCCUUCACGACCGCCAUCGUACCCACCCAAUCCCCUCUCAGGACACAUUCGGUCCUGCUUCACCACAAGUUGACAACAGGUGGCAAUGUAGUAACACAUAGAAAAUAGAAAAUAUCUUUAUUUACAAAUAUAGCAAUAAAAGCACUGAUAACCAUGAACUUGAUGCAGUUCACAUAACCCAGCGGCUGAAUCCCGUCUUUCAGAGGUAUUGCUUAUCCAUGCAAGAUGUCAGAUUAGCAUACUUGCUGGUCGGCAUCAUCAACAGAAGACGAGUGA